AUGGCGGUCGUUCCAAUGUACCUUGGCUGGGCCGUUGGCCUGCUGUUUUCAUUCAUCGUCGUCCGCGCCGUCUAUCGAGUCACAUUGCACCCGCUUGCAAAGUUCCCCGGUCCAAAGCUGGCGGGAAUGACAUCGCUGUACCAGGCGUGGUAUGACCUGAGAUCGUCCACGUCGUACAUCAAGCAGUUUCACGCGUUGCAUGAGCGAUAUGGGCCAAUUGUCCGCAUCACCCCGAGUCAGCUGCAUAUCUUCGACAUGGCCGCAUACAAUGAGAUCUUCAAGAUCGGAACCCGCUAUGCCCGCCACAGAGACAACUACUGCCAGGACGCCGCCGACGGAUUCUUCAACGUGCUCGACCCCAAAGCCGCCAAACCAUGGCGAGACGCGUAUCAGCCCUACUUCGCCAAGGGGGCGAUCAUCCGCCUGGAGCCCCUGAUCCACGACCGAAUCGGCAAAUUCCUCUCGGUGCUCGAGGAGGCGGCGUCCUCGACCGGGGGCACGCCCGUGGACCUGAGCAUGGGCUACCGCAGUCUGACCAGCGACGUGGUGACCAGCUACAUGUUCGCCGACAAAGGGUUCGACCUGCUCGACGCCGAGGGCUUCCGGUCCCCGAUCCUGGUGGCCCUGGAGGAGUUUUUCGAGUUCACGCAGUGGUACAUGUACUUUCCCAAUUUCAUGGGAUGGCUGGGACGGCAGCUCCAAAGACUCACCAAGGAACAGACCGAGAAGCUGAUGCCGGCGUUGGCGGCGACCAAUUGGAUCACCGAGCAAUGCGGCAUCAAGGUCAAGAGAAUCAUGCAGGAAGGGGGAUCUGGAAGUUCGUUCCCGACCGUCUUCGACGCGUGGGCGAAGCCGAGUGAGAAACGAAGCUGGACGCCAACCCUCAAGCAGCUCACCGCCGACGCAUUCACCUUUCACGGCGCUGGCACCGACACGACCGCACAUACUCUCACAACGGCUACGUGGGGUCUGAUCAACAACAAGGAGUGCCUUGAGAAGCUGCGCGUUGAGUUGAAGGCAGCGAUCCCGACGCCCAACAGUGAGCAGCUGGUCAGCUCGAGUGUGUUGGAGAAUCUGCCUUAUCUUCGUGCGGUCGUCAAGGAGAGUUUGAGGAUGAGCAUGGGAGUUCCUGGAAGGCUGGGGCGAGUCGUGCCCGAAGGAGGCGCUGUCCUUUGCCAGCAACAGAUUCCCGCAGGAGUCGGAAUCACCAGCGUCUGUUACUGCUACCACUACGACCCGGCGUACUUCCCGUCGCCGGACGAAUUCCGCCCUGAACGCUGGCUGAUGGGCCCGGAGAGCCAGCAGCUGGAAUCCCGGCUCAUCGCCUUCUCGCGAGGGCCCAGGUCGUGCAUCGGCAUCAACCUCGCGUACGCCGAGUUGUAUCUGACCCUGGGGUACGUGUUUCGCAAGUUUGACGUAGAAGCGUACGCGACCACGCACGAGGACAUGGAGUGGAAGGAUAACUUUGUGGUCACGACGAAGGGACAUUUGAGGGUCAAGGUGACGAGGGCGGUUGAUGGUGAGGCCGACUAG